AUGCGUUUCUUCAGCACAAUCCUCAACCUUGCCGUGGCGGCCAGCUUCUCCAGCGCCAUGCCCGUCGACUCGGCCGCCUCGGAUGUCCCGGCAGCGACAGCGCCAGUCGACUGGUACCAGGGCGUAGUAACCUUCUCUGGCACUUCCGCAGUGAUCGAAGCGAGCGCGUCAUGUGGUACCAAGGUCAGCAGCGGUACCAUCACAGCCGAUGGGUGCAAGAAGCUCUCCACAUACGCAUUCGGCGUCCACCACACAGACAAGGUCUGCAACUACAGGCUGUGGAAGGGCAAGACGGACUGCUCCGGUGACGACUACACGGACAUCCCUAUUCCCGCGGGUUCCGACGUGACCUGCAUCAAUGACGGUGUUCUGGACGGUGGCAGGUUCUACUUGGCUUCUGGUAUCUACUCGUGUGAAUGA